AUGGCUGACAUGUUUACCCUGACAGCCCAGAGUCUUUUCCAGAUUAAAAGACAGCUAGACAAACUGGGUGAGCUGAUCCUGAAAGUCACUUACGAGAGUGAUCCAAUCCCUCUCCAGAGACCUCAGAUGGAGGAGCAAGUCAAAUACCUCAUCUACCACCUAAUUAAAAGCUCCUUUGUGGUGGAGAAGGAGCCAUGCAUGCCUACACACCCUCAGAAACCUCUAAUCAUCAAAACACAGGUGCAGUUUACCACCAAGGUCAGAUUACUGGUUAAGUUACCUGAGGUGGAUUAUCAACUCAAAGUCAAGACAACAUUUGAUAAAGACCUUCCACCAGGCAAAGUGAACAGACAGUUCUUCAUCCCCACCAACAACACCAAAGUGAUGGAUGUUGAGGAGUCGACUGGAUGUCUUUCUGUAGAGUUCAGGCAUCUGCAGCUGAAAGAGAGAAAGUGUCCUACUGGAGGAAAAGGAAAUGAGGGUCCCCUGUCAGUAACAGAGGAGUUACACUCUCUCAAUUUUGAGGCCAUGCUGAUGUUACAGGGCCUGGAUAUUGAUCUUGAGACUUGCUCCCUGCCACUGGUGGUCAUCUCCAAUGUCAGUCAGCUCCCAGGGGGCUGGGCCUCUGUCAUGUGGUACAACUUGCUAACUGAUGACCCCAAGAACCUUGGAUUCUUCAGUAACCCCUUGCGGGCAAGUUGGAGUCAACUCUCAGAGGUACUCAGCUGGCAGUUCUCAAGUUUUGCAGGACGAGGACUCAACAAAGAGCAACUUAACAUGCUGGGAGAUAAACUUCUGGGUCAACACGCUUCUUAUAAUGACUGCCAAGUUUCUUGGUCCAAGUUCUGGAAGGAAAACAUUCCUGGCAAAUCAUUUAGUUUUUGGCUGUGGCUGGACUCGAUCUUGGACCUUAUCAAGAAGCAUUUACUUCCUGUUUGGAUUGAUGGCUACAUAAUGGGAUUUGUGAGUAAAGAGAUGGAACGUGCUUUACUGAAGGAGAAGGAGCCAGGGACAUUCCUGCUACGCUUUAGUGAAAGUCACCUUGGAGGAAUCACCUUCACCUGGGUUGAGCAGGAUGAAAAUGGAGACCCAAAGUUCAUCUCUGUAGAGCCAUACACGAAAAACCGUCUCAACGCCUUGCCCAUUGCUGAUAUAAUACGGGACUAUAAGGUCAUUGCAGAUGGUGUUGUCCCAGAGAAUCCUCUAAAGUUCCUUUAUCCUGACAUCCCGAAGGAUGAGGCUUUUGGGAAACACUACAACAGCCAGCAAAACAAAGUUUGUCCUUACAUUCAGACACAGUUAGUUCCAAUUUCCCAUCGGAAUGGUCCAGUCCAAAAUGCAUGUUCCUCUCCUGAACCCCCCAUGUCUCCUGGAAUGUUUGAAAUUAUUACCCAGCACCUCAGCCCCUUUGAGUUUGAAAGCGCUAUGAGUUCACCCUAGAAAGGGCAACAGCCCCAUUUCGCUUGGUUCCGAGAUUAUGGAUGGAUUCAAAGAUUUUCAUCUCUUUAUUUUGGCUUCUUUUGCUGUUCUUCACUUUUCUGGCUCUAUGCCACUAUAAUGCAUCAUGUCUCGAUUUUCAUUUGCAGAGUGUAUAUUCAAAAAUACUGUCAAUAUAAAAAUGCAUCGGAUGUAUUAUUAAUGUCAUAAUUCUACAUUUCAACAAUUUAUAAAUGCAAUAUAUAACUUGUCUCAUCUACCUGUAAAAUUCAGAUUUGCCCAAACCUUAAUCUGCCUUAAUGUUAUUCUCAUUUUUAUGUAUAUAUUAUGACAAGCAUUUUUUUUUAAUAAAG